UUGGCCCCUCCUUUUCCGCUGCACAUCCGCUGGCCGCUCGCCUGUCACCGAGAAUCGAACAGCGGCAGCGGCAUCGGUAUCGGCGGCGGCGGCGUCGGCGGCUCGCAGUCAGACGCUGACGCCGAACCGCGGAGGCGACACACCCCGGCCUCGCUUUCGCCUGCAAGCCGCCGACAUGGAGCGGAAAGCUGUCGCCGACGUCCUCCUCGCGCUUUAGCCGGAAGGGACUCGGAUACGGCAAGAGAGAACUGUGACUUAAUUCGUCCCGUCAUGGCGAGCGACUCCCCGGCUCGGAGUCUGGAUGAAAUCGACCUGUCUGCUUUGAGGGACCCCGCCGGCAUCUUUGAGCUGGUGGAGCUGGUGGGAAAUGGCACCUACGGGCAAGUGUACAAGGGUCGCCAUGUUAAGACCGGGCAGCUGGCGGCCAUCAAGGUCAUGGACGUCACCGGGGAUGAGGAAGAGGAGAUCAAAGCGGAAAUCAACAUGCUGAAGAAGUACAGCCACCACCGCAACAUCGCCACCUACUACGGCGCCUUCGUCAAGAAGAACCCGCCGGGGAUCGACGACCAGCUAUGGCUGGUGAUGGAGUUCUGCGGCGCCGGCUCGGUGACGGAUCUGAUCAAGAACACCAAAGGCAACUCCCUGAAAGAAGAGUGGACGGCUUACAUCUGCCGAGAGAUUCUCAGGGGCCUGACUCAUCUCCAUCAGCACAAGGUCAUCCACCGAGACAUCAAGGGCCAGAACGUCCUGCUGACGGAGAACGCCGAGGUCAAACUAGUGGACUUUGGCGUUUCGGCCCAGUUGGACCGCACGGUGGGCAGGAGGAACACGUUCAUCGGGACGCCGUACUGGAUGGCGCCGGAGGUGAUCGCCUGCGACGAGAAUCCCGACGCCACGUACGACUUCAAGAGCGAUUUAUGGUCGCUGGGCAUCACGGCCAUCGAGAUGGCUGAAGGAGCGCCACCGCUGUGCGACAUGCACCCCAUGAGGGCUCUCUUCCUCAUCCCGCGAAACCCCGCCCCCAGACUCAAGUCAAAGAAAUGGUCCAAGAAGUUCCAGCUGUUCAUCGAGAGCUGCCUGGUGAAGAGCCACGGCCAGAGGCCCAGCACGGAGCAGCUCCUCAAGCACCCCUUCAUCCGGGACCUGCCCAACGAGAGGCAGGUCCGAAUCCAGCUCAAGGACCACAUCGACCGCACCAAGAAGAAGCGAGGGGAGAGGGAUGAAACCGAGUACGAAUACAGCGGCAGCGAGGAAGAGGACGAGGAAAGAGACACGGGCGAGCCCAGCUCCAUCAUCAACAUCCCCGGCGAGUCCACCCUGCGCCGCGACUUCCUGCGCCUGCAGCUGGCCAAUAAGGAGCGCUCGGAGGCGCAGCGGCGGCAGCAGCUGGAGCAGCAGCAGAACGAGGAGCACAAGCGCCUGCUGCUGGCCGAGAGGCAGAAGCGCAUCGAGGAGCAGAAGGAGCAGCGGCGGCGCCUGGAGGAGCAACAGCAGCGCGAGCGAGAGCUGAGGAAGCAGCACGAGCGGGAGCAGAGGAGGCGCUACGAGGAAAUGGAGCAGCUCCGCAGAGAGGAGGAGCGGCGGCACGCCGAAAGGGAGCAGGAGUAUAUCCGUAGGCAGCUGGAAGAGGAGCAGAGGCAGUUAGAGAUUCUCCAGCAGCAGCUUCUCCAGGAGCAGGCGCUACUUCUGGAGUACAAGCGCAAGCAGGUGGAAGAGCAGCGGCAGGCGGAGCGCCUGCAGAGGCAACUCCAGCAGGAACGGGCCUACCUGGUGUCGCUGCAGCAGCAGCAGCAGCAGCAGCAGCAGCAGGAAGGUCGGCAGGCGGAGAAGAAACAGCUCUACCACUACAAGGACGUCAUGAAUCCCAACGACAAGCCGGCCUGGGCUAAAGAGGUACCGCAGCAGGCACAGGUUCAACGCGGUAACCCGCCGCGCUCUAACCUUCGCCACCACCAAUCGUUCAACCAGUUGGCGCCGCCGCCGUCCUCGUCCUCCCACGGCGGACCCCGGGCUCAAACCCCUAGGCGCACCCCGUCCGUGGGCGCCCAGAUCCUCUCCGACCACCUCCCCCAGAUCCGCAUCGCGCUAGACCCCGCGGAGCCCCUGGGCCCGGGGCUUAAGCAGGAGAUAACUCAGCGGGUCCGAGAGUUGAGGGCAGAGAAGCGCAGUCAGAGCAAGCGCAGCCCGACCGCUGUCAUGGAAGACAGUAAACCGGCUCGGAAGGAGCCUCGUUACCCCGAGAAAGAACCUUCCGAUCCCGCGACGGUCAGGCGGUCCCACCCUGCCGCCGAACCUCGAGACCAACAGAAAGACAAGUCCCCAGGCAGGCCCCUCUCUGCGCACGAUCCCACCGACCUCCCCCGUGUUGUUACUAAGCCGCCCGCGCAGGUCCAAAAACUGGUGGAGGAGAGGUCAAAGCUGAACCGGCAGAGCUCUCCAGCACUGCAGCCCAAAGUGUCAAACCGGAUCUCGGACCCUUCCCUCCCUCCCCGGUCCGAGUCCUUCGGCGGCGGCAUGCAGGCCGCCCGAACUCCACCUGUCCACCGUUCCGUCGAACCCCAGAUGGCCCACUUGGUUCCGGUCAAGACGCACUCGGGAUCCAUGUCGGGUUCUCAGUCCCUGCAAGACCAGACAGGUUCGGCGCUGGGCGAGGGCGUGGGCUCGCCCAGGCCUGACAUCCCCCGCCAGAACUCCGACCCGACUUCCGACAACCAGACUCCGCCGCUUCGCCCGGCUGACCGGGAUCGGGACCGGGAUCGAGACAGAACCGCGUGGCUGAGAGAGGAAGACCUGCCUCCCAAGGUCCGAGAAUCGCGGACCACCUCCAUCUCCCCGGCCUCGGCCAGGAAGAACUCCCCCAACGGAGGCGUCGCUUUGGGGCCUCGCACGGGUCCUCAGCUCAUACGAGCUAGCAACCCGGACCUGCGCCGUUCCGAGCCCUCCCUGGACGCCAUGCUGCAGAGGACGUCCUCCAACUCGUCGUCGUCCUCGUCGCCGUCGUCCCAAGGAGGCUCGGUGGAGAGGAGAGGUCAGGGCAAACGGGAAGCGCCGCCGUCGUCGUCGUCGUCGUCGGGAGCCAAUCAGGAGGCCCAAUCCAAGCAGGAGGCGGGCCGGGAAUCCGGCAGACCCAGCAGGCCCGCGAGCUAUAAGAAAGCCAUAGAUGAGGACCUCAGCGCCCUGGCGAAGGAACUGCGCGAGUUGAGGGUCGAGGAGGGCGGCCGGCCCCCGGUCAAGGUGACGGACUACUCGUCGUCCAGCGAGGAGUCGGAGAGCAGCGACGACGACGGCGAGGCGGUGGGACACGACGGCACCGUGGCCGUCAGCGACAUCCCUCGAAUCAUGCCGGCCGUGCAAAGCGGCGGCGAGUCAUACGGCGGGCCGGGCGAGGACUCCCCGGGCGAGCCCUUCAGGAACUCCAAGGACGGCACGCUGGUGAUGAGAGAGGCCGACGAGAAGAGGCGUGGCGGGCGCGCCGAGAGCAACGGCAUCGGCGACCACGCCAACCUGCCCGACCUGGUGCGGCGGAGCGGCUCCCCCCCGGCCGCGCCCUCCGCCCUGAGAGAGCUGAGCGACGCUCCCGAGUUCGGUCUGGGCGGCUGCAAAGCGUCCUUCACGCCGUUCGUCGACCCCCGCGUCUACCAGACGUCCCCGAGCGACGAGAACGAGAACUCGGCGGCCGCCGCGUUCGCCAACGAGCUGCUGCGGCAGGAGCAGGCCCGGCUCAGCGAAGCCAGGAAGAUCUCGGUGGUCAACGUGAACCCCACCAACAUCCGACCGCACAGCGACACGCCCGAGAUCCGCAAGUACAAGAAGCGCUUCAACUCGGAGAUUCUUUGCGCCGCGCUCUGGGGCGUGAACCUGCUGGUGGGGACGGAGAACGGCCUCAUGCUGCUGGACCGGAGCGGCCAGGGCAAGGUUUACAACCUGAUCACCAGGCGGCGAUUUCUUCAGAUGGACGUGCUGGAGGGCCUCAACGUGCUCGUCACCAUAUCGGGGAAAAAGAACAAGCUGCGCGUGUACUACCUGUCGUGGCUGAGGAACAGGAUACUGCACAACGACCCGGAAGUGGAGAAGAAGCAAGGCUGGAUCACGGUCGGAGAGCUGGAGGGAUGCGUUCAUUAUAAAGUUGUCAAGUACGAGAGGAUCAAGUUCCUGGUGAUCGCGCUCAAGACCUCGGUGGAGAUCUACGCGUGGGCCCCCAAGCCCUACCACAAGUUCAUGGCCUUUAAGUCGUUUGCCGAGCUCCAGCACCGUCCGCAGCUCGUCGACCUGACCGUGGAAGAAGGUCAGAGGUUGAAGGUCAUCUACGGGUCCAGCGUGGGCUUCCACGUCAUCGACGUCGACUCGGGCAACCCGUACGACAUCUACAUCCCGUCGCACUGCGCCAAAGAGACCAAGAUCCAGAGCCAGGUGACGCCGCACGCCAUCGUGGUGCUGCCCAAGACGGACGGCAUGGAGAUGCUGCUGUGCUACGAGGACGAGGGCGUCUACGUCAACACGUACGGCAGGAUCACCAAAGACGUGGUGCUGCAGUGGGGGGAGAUGCCCACCUCUGUCGCCUACAUCCACUCCAAUCAAAUCAUGGGCUGGGGCGAGAAAGCCAUCGAGAUCCGCUCGGUGGAGACGGGCCACCUGGACGGAGUCUUCAUGCACAAGAGGGCCCAGAGACUCAAGUUCCUGUGCGAGCGCAACGACAAGGUGUUCUUCGCAUCGGUGCGCUCGGGCGGCAGCAGCCAAGUGUUCUUCAUGACCCUGAACAGGAGCUCCAUGAUGAACUGGUGAUGGCCCCGCCCACUGGAUCCCGCCUCGCUCACCCGUCGGAUGUCGACAUCUCCCUCCUAUUUGCACACUUUGCCUCUUCCCUCUUCCUGUCGCUGUCGCGCUGCCGGCCUCGUGACUUUAAACGCACCGCGGUGGUGGCGGGGGGACCAAUGGAUCACUUUCUCCUCUUCCAUCCUUCCCUCCCGCCGAUUCAAAAGAUGACGUCUGCGUCCCUUUAAGAAGAAAAUCGCACACUUCCGGCCCCCGCGCCCUCCACGCCGUCUCCUCGUCGUCGUCUUUCCACUCUUUCAAAGGUGCUGCAUCAGACUUCAAGCUGUCAAUCAACAAAGAGCGUCUGUGUGAAACUUUACCGCACAGGCCUGUUCCUGUAAACGUUUUUAUUUGGUGUGCAUGUGCGCGUGUGAGAGUCCCGCCCCGAGAUCGGCGUCGAGGAGAGCGGAAAAAAACGUCUGUGGUAGUCGUCGUCCGCGUGCCGGUUUUGAUCUUUAUAGCAGGAAGUUGAAAAAAGUGACUUGCGCUACAAUUGUAUCGCACCGCUAACAGAUUGCUUUGAUUAUUCUUCCGUCAUAGAUUAACAUUUGGGGGUGUCAGGAACAGGAACGUUGCUAUAGUCACCAGUGAAGGAAAAAAAAAAAAACAUUGCCGAAGUCACCUGUCAGGAACCAGAACCUCGCUCAAGUUAAGCGUUAGACGUGAUGAUUUGGCUAAAGUCAGCAGUCGGGAAAUACCUUUGGGAAACUCACCCGUCAGGAACAAGAACUGUGCUACAGUGUCAGGAAAGGAAAUUUUGCUUAAUUCACCAGUCAAAAUACAAGAUAGUUAGGAAAUAAAACUUUGCUAAGCUGACCUGUCAGGAACAAUAAGUUAAAAGGAACGGGAAUAACGCCAGUCACCAAUAACAAACAAAACUUUGCUAAACAAAAUUUUAGGAAAGACACAUCAGGAACAACAAUUGUGGGAAAGAAACCUGUCUGGAACAAGAACUUUGCUCAAGUCAACAACCAAAACAGGUCAAAUGUGAUGUCAGGAACAAGAACAAGAACUGUGCUACUGUGUCAGGAAAAGAAACUUUGCUUAAGUCACCCGUCAAAAUACAAGAUAUUUAGAAAAUUUGCUGGUCAGGAAAUAAAACGUUGCUAAACUCACCUGUCAGGAACAAGAAAGGAACAGGAAUCACGCUAGUUACCGAUAACGAACAAAAACCUUACUAAACAAAAUUUGUGGAAAGACUCAUCAGGAACAACAAUUGCGGGAAAGAAACCUGUCUGGAACAAGAACUUUGCUCAAGUCAACAGCCAAAACAGGUCAAAUGUGAUGCCAGGAACAAGAGCAAGAACUGUGCUACAGUGUCAGGAAAAGAAACUUUGCUUAAGUCACCUGUCAAAAUACAAGAUAUUUACAAAAUUUGCUGGUCAGGAAAUAAAACCAUGCUAAACUGACCUGUCACGAACAAGAACUUGAAAGGAACAUGAAUCACGCUAGUUACCAAUAACAAACAAAAACCUUGCUAAACAAAAUUUUAGGAAAGAUUCAUCAGGAACAACAGAUGUGGGAAAGAAACCUGUCUGGAACAAGACCGUUGCUUAAGUCAACAGCCAAAACAGGUAAAAUAUGAUGUCAGGAACAAGAACUUUGCUCAAGUCAAAAGGACAAAGAACAAAAACUCUCAGAAAUAAGAACUUUCCUAAAGUGUCAGAAACAAAACUUAUGCUCAAGUAACCGUCAGGAACAAGAACUUGACUACAGUGUCAAGAACAGGAACUUUGCUAAUGUUGCCUGUCAGUGAAGAACAAGUUAAGGAGCAUUAUCAAUCUUUAGCUUUGUGAAACCCACUGGUCAUGAACAACAACAGUGGGAAAGUUCUCUGUCACAAAAGUAACUUGACCGGAACCAGAACUUUAGGAAAAUCACAUGUCAGGAACAAAAAUUUAGCUGAAGUUGCCUGUGAAGAACAAAAACAUCGGUAGUGUCACCUGUACCUGAACAUUAUUAAAGUUUGCCAAAGAAUCAGGAACAAUAACUUUGCUAAAGACAUCUGUCAAGAACAAGAACAUGCAAAAGUAAGCUUACAGGAGCAAGAACUUUGCUAAAGUCACUUGCGAAUAAUAAUUUUGCUAACGCCGUCUGUCAGGAACAGGAACAUUGCAAAUGCCACUUGUAAAGAAAUAGAAUUUGUUUGAAGUGUCACGGACGACAUCCUCAUUAAUGUCACGUGUGCCCCGUUUUGUUUUUGCAUUACACAAACACACCCAAACAAAAAACAAAAAAGAAUUAGCCAACUCUUCGACCUUAAAACGCGGCAGCGCUUGAAAAUAGAAAAUGAAAAUGUGUGGCGGGAAUAUGCUGUGGUUGUCUACGUUUUUUUUUUUUUUUUUUUAAGUGCGUUUGGUUCACAGCCAGCGCUUAACACAGUUCUUACCGUUUUGUUUAUUAUCUCUCGCGAAGAUGAGCUAACAAACACCUCAACCAUGUCGUCGUGUACUGUACUAAAAAUGGCUGUAGAUGCACAAACAGGCAAGCUAACGUUUUAGCAAUAAAGAGCCCCAGCGGUCUUCCCUCCGUGCGUGCAUGCGUGUGUGCUCGUUUCUUUUAGUUUUGUUGCAGUCGUUCCACUGAGGACUCUCAAAGACAAAUUAAAACCACUGUAAUCUUUUAUUUUUUUAUUU